GGUGCGCAUCUCCACCGGACAGGUUCCGCCGCCAUUGCAGGUUUGUAGAGUUCCCUUCAGCGGCGAUUGACAUUCUGGAGUCGAAGCGCCUCAUUUACAUUCAACGGGCGAAUAGAGUAACCUAACACAUCCCCGGCUCAUCUCCCUUCCCCAAAAGACAAGACCACGUCCUUUCAUUCCCGGCUUUGGAUCUGGAGUAGUUUAGAGUAGGUAAUAGCAGGAAUUAAAGGGGAAAACGAAGAGGAACCACCAUCAUCAUGGCUCAAAUCCUGCCCAUCAGAUUCCAGGAGCACCUGCAGCUCCAAAACUUAGGGAUCAAUCCAGCCAACAUCGGUUUCAGCACCCUGACGAUGGAGUCAGAUAAGUUCAUCUGUGUGCGGGAGAAGGUUGGAGAGCAGGCGCAGGUGGUGAUCAUUGACAUGGCGGACUCAAACAUCCCCAUCCGCAGGCCCAUCUCUGCAGACAGCGCCAUCAUGAACCCAGCCAGCAAAGUCAUAGCGCUCAAAGCUGCUAAAACCCUUCAGAUCUUUAACAUCGAGAUGAAGAGUAAGAUGAAAGCCCAUACCAUGACCGAUGAUGUCACUUUCUGGAAAUGGAUCUCUCUUAACACUGUCGCCCUGGUGACCGAUAACGCCGUCUACCAUUGGAGCAUGGAGGGAGACUCUCAGCCGAUCAAAGUGUUCGACAGACAUUCCAGCCUGGCAGGAUGUCAAAUCAUCAACUACCGCACCGAUGCCAAGCAGAAGUGGCUGCUGCUCAUUGGCAUUUCAGCUCAGCAAAACAGAGUUGUUGGUGCCAUGCAGCUGUACUCAGUUGACAGGAAGGUGUCACAGCCUAUCGAGGGUCAUGCUGCUGCUUUUGCCCAGUUCAAAAUGGAGGGAAACACAGAGGAAUCCACUCUGUUUUGUUUUGCUGUGCGAGGCCAGGCAGGAGGAAAGCUUCAUAUUAUUGAAGUGGGCACACCACCGACCGGCAACCAGCCGUUCCCAAAGAAAGCCGUGGAUGUGUUCUUUCCUCCUGAAGCACAGAAUGACUUCCCAGUGGCCAUGCAGAUGAGCUCCAAACAUAAUGUCGUCUUUCUCGUCACUAAAUACGGUUACAUUCAUCUGUAUGACCUGGAGACCGGCACCUGCAUCUACAUGAACAGAAUUAGUGGCGAGACCAUUUUUGUGACUGCACCCCAUGAAGCUACAUCUGGAAUCAUUGGAGUCAAUAGGAAAGGACAGGUGUUGUCAGUGUGCGUCGAGGAAGAGAACAUCAUUCAGUACAUCACCAAUGUGCUGCAGAAUCCAGAUCUGGCUUUACGGAUGGCGGUCCGAAAUAAUCUGGCAGGGGCCGAGGAGCUGUUUGCCCGCAAGUUUAACAAUCUCUUUGCUGGAGGAAACUACUCCGAGGCGGCUAAAGUUGCCGCUAACGCUCCGAAGGGUAUCCUGCGCACCCCUGACACCAUCCGCCGUUUCCAGAGCGUUCCGGCCCAGCCCGGGCAGACGUCCCCGCUGCUGCAGUAUUUCGGGAUCCUGCUGGACCAGGGCCAGCUCAACAAGUAUGAGUCUCUGGAGCUGUGCAGACCCGUCCUCCAGCAGGGCCGCAAACAACUGCUGGAGAAAUGGCUGAAGGAGGACAAGCUUGAAUGCUCAGAGGAACUGGGAGACCUGGUGAAAGCUGUGGACCCCACUCUUGCGCUCAGCGUCUAUCUGAGGGCCAACGUACCGAACAAAGUCAUUCAGUGCUUCGCAGAAACCGGCCAGUUCCCCAAGAUCGUACUGUACGCUAAAAAGGUGGGCUACACUCCAGAUUGGAUCUUCCUGCUGAGGAACGUGAUGAGGAUCAGUCCAGAUCAGGGUCUCCAGUUCGCUCAGAUGCUUGUUCAAGACGAGGAGCCGCUCGCUGACAUUACACAGAUCGUUGAUGUGUUUAUGGAAUAUAACCUGGUCCAGCAGUGCACAUCAUUCCUGUUAGACGCUCUGAAGAACAACAGGCCGUCAGAAGGGCCGCUGCAGACCCGUCUGCUGGAGAUGAACCUAAUGCAUGCACCGCAGGUUGCUGAUGCCAUCCUUGGAAACCAGAUGUUCACCAACUACGAUCGUGCCCACAUCGCCCAGCUGUGCGAGAAGGCGGGGCUUCUGCAGAGAGCUUUGGAACACUACACCGACCUGUACGACAUCAAACGAGCUGUCGUACACACACACCUGCUCAACCCGGAGUGGCUGGUGAACUACUUUGGCUCUCUAUCAGUGGAAGACUCUCUGGAGUGUCUGAGAGCCAUGCUGUCCGCUAACAUCAGGCAGAACCUUCAGAUCUGCGUCCAGGUGGCCUCCAAGUAUCACGAGCAGCUGUCCACCCAGUCCCUUACAGAGCUUUUCGAGUCUUUCAAGAGUUUUGAAGGCCUCUUCUAUUUCCUGGGCUCGAUUGUGAACUUCAGCCAGGACCCAGAAGUCCAUUUCAAAUACAUCCAGGCCGCAUGCAAGACGGGCCAAAUCAAAGAGGUGGAGCGGAUCUGUCGGGAAAGCAACUGCUACGACCCCGAACGUGUCAAGAACUUCCUCAAGGAAGCCAAACUCACCGAUCAGCUGCCUCUCAUCAUCGUGUGCGAUCGCUUUGACUUCGUCCAUGACCUCGUGCUCUACCUGUACCGUAACAACCUGCAGAAGUACAUUGAAAUCUACGUGCAGAAGGUGAAUCCGAGCCGUCUGCCUGUGGUGAUUGGAGGUCUUCUGGAUGUUGACUCCUCAGAGGACGUCAUCAAGAAUCUGAUCUUGGUGGUGCGUGGUCAGUUUUCCACCGAUGAGCUGGUGGCCGAGGUGGAGAAGAGAAACAGACUGAAGCUGCUGUUGCCAUGGCUGGAGUCUCGUAUCCACGAGGGCUGUGAAGAGCCUGCUACCCACAAUGCCCUGGCCAAGAUUUACAUCGACAGCAACAACAACCCAGAGCGCUUCCUCCGGGAGAACCCGUACUACGACAGCCGCGUGGUGGGGAAGUACUGCGAGAAAAGAGACCCUCAUCUGGCCUGCGUGGCGUAUGAGAGAGGACAGUGCGACCAGGAGCUCAUCAAUGUGUGCAAUGAGAACUCACUGUUUAAGAGUUUGUCACGUUACCUGGUGCGCCGCAGAGAUGCGGAUCUCUGGGCCAGCGUGCUUCUAGAGUCCAACCCCUUCAGGAGGCCUCUUAUUGACCAGGUGGUACAGACAGCCUUGUCAGAGACACAGGACCCAGAGGAGGUGUCGGUCACAGUGAAGGCCUUCAUGACCGCUGACCUGCCCAAUGAACUCAUUGAGCUGCUGGAGAAGAUCGUCCUGGAUAACUCUGUCUUCAGCGAGCACAGAAACCUGCAGAAUCUGCUCAUCCUGACGGCCAUUAAAGCGGAUCGCACUCGCGUCAUGGAAUACAUCAACCGCCUGGACAACUAUGACGCCCCUGACAUCGCCAACAUUGCCAUCAGCAGCGAGCUCUUUGAGGAGGCCUUUGCUAUCUUCAGAAAGUUUGACGUCAACACAUCUGCGGUUCAGGUUCUGAUCGAGCACAUUGGUAAUCUGGACCGGGCAUAUGAGUUUGCAGAGCGCUGUAAUGAGCCGGCCGUGUGGAGUCAGCUGGCUAAGGCUCAGCUACAGAAGGGGCUGGUCAAAGAGGCUAUUGACUCCUACAUCAAAGCUGAUGACCCCUCUGCUUACAUGGAGGUGGUCCAGGCUGCUGACCAGAGUGGUAACUGGGAGGACCUGGUGAAGUUUCUGCAGAUGGCCAGAAAGAAGGCCAGAGAGUCAUACGUGGAGACUGAGCUGAUCUUUGCACUGGCCAAAACCAAUCGUCUCGCUGAACUGGAAGAGUUUAUAAAUGGACCAAACAAUGCACACAUCCAGCAGGUUGGCGAUCGUUGCUACGACGAGAAAAUGUAUGAGGCAGCCAAGCUGUUGUACAACAACGUCUCAAACUUCGGCCGCUUGGCAUCCACGCUGGUCCACCUGGGCGAGUAUCAGGCCGCUGUUGAUGGAGCCCGCAAAGCUAACAGCACUCGCACAUGGAAGGAGGUGUGCUUUGCGUGUGUGGACGGGCAGGAGUUCAGAUUGGCACAGAUGUGCGGUCUUCACAUCGUGGUCCACGCUGAUGAACUGGAGGAGCUCAUCAACUACUACCAGGACCGUGCCUACUUUGAGGAGCUGAUCACCAUGCUGGAGGCGGCGCUGGGGCUGGAGCGUGCUCACAUGGGCAUGUUCACCGAGCUGGCCAUCCUCUACUCCAAAUUUAAACCACAGAAGAUGAGGGAGCACCUGGAGCUCUUCUGGUCCAGAGUCAACAUUCCAAAGGUGCUUAGGGCGGCAGAGCAGGCUCACCUGUGGGCGGAGCUUGUUUUCCUCUAUGACAAGUAUGAAGAAUUUGACAAUGCCAUCAUCACCAUGAUGAGUCAUCCCACAGACGCCUGGAAAGAAGGACAGUUCAAGGAUAUCAUCACAAAGGUGGCCAACGUGGAACUGUACUACAAAGCGAUCCAGUUUUAUCUGGAGUUCAAGCCCUUGUUACUGAACGACCUGCUCAUUGUUCUGUCCCCGAGACUGGAUCACUCGCGAGCCGUCAACUUCUUCAGCAAGGUUAAGCAGCUUCCUCUCGUCAAGCCUUACCUGCGGUCAGUCCAAAACCACAACAACAAGUCCGUCAACGAAGCACUUAACAACCUCUUCAUCUCAGAGGAAGACUAUCAGGCUGUAAGGACGUCCAUAGACGCAUAUGAUAACUUCGAUAACAUCUCCCUAGCCCAGCGCCUGGAGAAGCACGAGCUCAUCGAGUUCAGAAGAAUCGCUGCUUACCUCUUCAAGGGCAACAACCGAUGGAAGCAAAGCGUGGAGCUCUGCAAGAAAGACAAACUCUACAAGGAUGCCAUGCAGUACGCAUCCGAAUCGAAGGAUACAGAGCUGGCCGAGGAGCUUCUGCAGUGGUUCCUUCAGGAAGACAAGAAAGAGUGUUUCGCAGCUUGCCUCUUCACAUGCUACGACCUGCUCAGGCCUGAUGUGGUGCUGGAGACCGCAUGGAGGCACAACAUCAUGGACUUUUCCAUGCCUUACUUCAUUCAGGUGAUGAGGGAAUACCUCAGCAAGGUGGACAAGCUGGAGACCUCAGAGUCUGUAAGAAAAGAAGAGGAGCAGGCGACAGAGACUCAGCCAAUUGUUUAUGGAACACCUCAGCUGAUGCUCACAGCAGGUCCCAGUGUGCCCGUGCCCGUUCCCCCACAACAGCCCUACGGCUAUGGGUACUCGGCAGCACCCGGCUACCCCCAGGCUCCUCAAGCCCAGCCUGGUUUUGGUUACGGCAUGUAAGGAUGUCCCGGCGCUGCCGCUUGGUUCGGUGCAGCAUCCCAGUCUAACUCUUCCUCAGUCCGACUCUACAUUUUGCUCACAGCAGGGGAUCUGAGCAAAUAUUCUUUUAUUUUUCCUUUUUUAAAUGAUUGUUUAUUAUUGUGUUUUCUUUAUACCAUCAUGAAGGACUUUCUAUAUCGUCAAAGAUUUCAUCAAGGAUUAUUUUUUUCACAUUCCAAAUAUCUACUAGAUUUAAUUUUCUGUCAAUUUUAUCUGUCAGUCUAAGGGUAAUGGUGUGUACAAUGAAAGCAUACUUUCAGCAAGUCAGAGUAAUUCAAAUGGCAAAUGUCUGAUUUGCACUCUAGAACUAAUGUAUCACUUUAUUUUCAUGUGCGUGAGCAGCUUUGUUCAGUUUGUCUAGUGUACUAGUGUAUAUUCCUGAGAAGAAAAUAAAGGAAACUUGCUACCAUCACCUCCACGAUAACAAACACUACUAUAUAACAAUAAAUACACAGGGUUGUGUAACUCUCGGUAUAUAGAAAGGAUAUUUAAAAUGCAUACUGAUGCAGUCAAAAGGUGUUUUCCUGACCUAUGCUGGUUCCGGUUAAAAUUGUCGUCUUUUUCUUUUCCAAACUUUUGUUGUGCAGUAACCUGUGCUCAUUGUGUGGGACCAUCCAUUUGAAAAAAUAUAUAAACAGUGUGCCGCUGUACACACCUGUGUGUAUUACUAACCUUACCUCUCUGUGCAGCAGUGUGUGCGUGCGUGCGUGUGUGUGUGUAUGCUGGUUGUUGUAAUUGUUUAGGUAUGGCAUUGACCUGAAAAUAGAAACCCAGAUUAUCCUGCCAGUUAUGCCUGAUACCUAAACUCCAUUUAUCCUUUAUUUGUAAAGAAUCACAAAUGGUAAUCUGAUUUGAAAAGAAAAUUUAAACUAACACCCUGUGUGUCCUAUACUCAGAUUUCACUGAGGUCAGGUUAAUUAUUCGCGUAUAUUGUAGUGAUCGGUGCACAGAGAAUAAGAUUUUCCCUUAUAAAAUAAAGGCUUCUUGUUUGUGAA